CUCUCGGUGAUACCAAUCAUAAGCCAAUAAACGAUGGCAGUGCGGAUUGUUUUGGACUACGAUUUCCAGAAUUCCAUCACGUCUCUCGUGCUCGCCGGCGCUUCUGGGAAUUGUAUGCUUAGGAGCUAGCGGCGAGUAGAACCCGUGGAUUGGCCCAAAGAAACGAAAAGCCCGCCUCCCGGUAGAAUUUGAUUGGUCCUCCCCGGCAGCCCCAAUUGGCUGGGACCCCGGAUCGUGUAGGUUGCUAAGCAACCGCGUAACCGCCGCGGGCGAGGGGCGUGUCGUCGGCGUGCGUGGAAGAGCACACCUGAGCUGAACUGGCUUCAAAUUGCAGAUUUUCCUGAUAAAUCAGAAAAUGCAGGACGCCCCUAUGGAAAGUUCAGCUUUGUUUAUGGACAGUAAGAAUAUGGCCUGUGCAUCUUUCUCCUCUGGAGAAGCACAUAUGACAGAUAAGCCUGGUACGUCCUUCAGUAGAGGAGCAGAUAGCCCUGAAGACAUCAAGUUAGCCAGUGAUGUUUCCGGGGCAACAGCCAGUAUUGAUCGCAAGCCAAAAUUCAUGCAGCGGGCCAAAACAUGGUCGGAUGAAGUUGAAAAUCUAUACAGAUUUCAGCAAGCUGGCUAUAGAGAUGAAAAUGAAUAUAAACAAGUAAAGCAUGUUGAUGUGGUGGAAAGGUGGCCAGAAACUGGAUUUGUGAAGAAGCUUCAGAGGAGGGACAAUACUUUCUACUAUUACGAUAAGGAAAGAGAAUGUGAAGACAAAGAAGUCCAUAACGUUAAAAUGUAUGGCUACUGAUCUAUGUCUCAUCCACUGUUUUUAGAAAUGAUUUUUUUGUCUUGAAUAGAAUGGAACCCAUUAAAAAGUUCUUAAGAGUAACUUGAUCUGAUUUUAUAUGUGGCUCCACUCUGUGAAAAAACAAAAGUAAAUAUAUUUCUAAUGGGCAAUGUAAAAAAUAAAUUGAUUUUGAGAUUUCUAUUAGUUGGGGGUGUUCUGAAGGCUGUGAAGGUACAUCCGUUAACCUGGAGAUGAACUUAGUGGACUUCUUCAGGUGUGUGCGUUGUGCUAUGGUCUUGGAUUGACCUACUUCAUAUAAUGUAUUUUCUGUGUAAAGUGGUUAGAAGUUUCUCCCUGGCUCUCCAGUUCCAUUUUACUUCUGUUUCAGUAGGUGAAUUUUGUAAGGAAGCUUCAGCCAUAACCAAGUCUAGAUUGCUACUUUUCAUGCUUUAAAAGGAAAAGGAAGACAUUGUGGGGUCCCUGGUGCUUGCUGAGCUGGGUGGUUUUCUUGCAGACGUUUCAUGACCCAACUGGGUAACAUCAUCAGUGCACAGUUCAAAGAGCACCAGAGCCCCUACAGGGAAAGGAUCUGCUGCUCUGCA